AUGGCCAUCGCCAAGAGCAUUGCUGAGUCAUCCACGCCCCUCGAUGGGUGUCCGGCAGAUGCCCCGCCAACCAGCAAAAGAUCCAACAUCAAGCCUUUAUUAUGUCAUGAUGGCUUUGGCGCUUCCUUUCUACAACAUUCGCCAUUCGCAGUCCCCAAAAACCCAUCCAACAACAUCCUGAGCAUCCCGUUCCGCCGGUCUUUGCAGCUCUCUCUCUCGACGACGAUCCGGCAGUACAUAAACACCAAAUAUGACCAGCACCCGGACAUGUUCCAGCACGAUCUGGAGAUGAUUGACGCGCUGCGGCGAGACGCCACCAAUGUGCGAGAGCCGCAUCUGAGCGGCAUCAAGAAGCUCCAGGUCUAUGCGGGACAGCUCGUGUGGAUAGGCGGCAAGUUUCCAAUCGACAUUGGUGCCGAAUUCACCUGGUAUCCCGCUCUUGGCUAUCACACCGAGCGGCCGAUGGCGCGCAACAACCUCAAAUACGAACUGAUGAACAUUCUCUACAAUCUUGCCGCACUUUACUCCCAGCUUGCCCUCAACACGCCUCGAGGAGACACGGAGGGUCUGAAGACGGCAGCAAACUACUUCUCACUGGCCGCAGGCGUCCUCUCGCAUGUCCAGAAAGCCGUGCUUCCCGAGCUGCGCAUGUCGGACCCGCCCGACGAUAUGGACAACAACACCCUUGAAUCCCUCGUGCAGCUCUUUCUGGCGCAGAGCCAAGAGUGCUUCUGGCAGAAGGCCGUCAUGGACGGCUACAAGGACGCCUCGAUUGCGAAGCUGGCAGCAAGAGUGUCUGACCUGUACAACUUGGCUGCAGAUGCCGCGGUUAGUAGCGAGGCCAUCAGCAGCGCGUGGAUUCAUCACAUGAACGCAAAGCAUCACCACUUUGCUGCUGCUGCUCAGUACCGCGCCGCGUGCGAUUGCUUAGAGAAGAGAAAAUACGGAGAAGAGAUUGCUCGGCUAAAGGACGCCGUCAUUUGCGCCAAUGAUGGCAUCAAGGAAGGUCGUGUUGCAUCGCUAAACAAGACAGUCCUGGAGGACCUACAGGCUUUGAAGCGCAAGCUGGAAGAAGACUUGAAGAGAGCGGAAAAGGACAACGAUUUGAUCUUCCUCAACCCUGUACCUCCGAAAGCCGAGCUGAAGAUCCUAGAGAGGGCAAAUAUGGCCGCCGCGCGAACGCCCCUCCAUGUAGCCAAUCCUCUCGACUAUCUGAGUGACCAUGGGGAGCUUGGGCCAGCGCUUUUCUCGAAGCUAGUCCCGUUUUCGGUUCAUGUUGCUAUAUCGAUCUAUGAGGAACGCAGAGACCGUAUGGUGAACCAAAACAUCAUACAGGAGCUAGAGACUCUAACAGAGAAGAUACAUACACUCCUUAGCACCAUUGGCUUGCCCGGAUCCCUAAUGGCCUUGGAAAAGCCACUUGGUCUUCCACCGAGCUUGAUUCAGCAUGCAGAGGAGAUUCGACAGUCUGACGCGAUAAACAAGAUUCAGAGAAGCCUACUUGACAUUGACAAGCUGCGAUCCAACGACUGGGCGAUAUAUGAGGAGGGCAAGGCAGCGCUAGCGGCAGAGAAAGAGGAGGAUGACCAGUUGCGCAAAAAAUACGGAACCAGCAGAUGGCUGAGGCCCGAGAGCCAAGUCGAUCCCAAUGGCUCAAAGUUUUGGGCUGCCAUUACCGAAAUCGGAGGCUACUUUCAAAACAGCGCAGCCAGCGACGAUGCCGUGCGUGACAAGUUUAUCGCAAAUAAAGAGAUGCUGGAGAUUUUGUCGGGCUCAAACCAAUCUCUGAUGAAUCACGUGCCCACAAGUACGCCUAUUGAAACUUCAAGCGAUCUGAAAGCUUCUGUCGGGCGCGUACGAAGUGUUUAUAAUGAUAUCCUUCGAAUGGAAAGCAAGAGGAGAAGAAAGGUUGAGACCUUACGGGAGGCAGUCCGGCGCGACGAUAUCAAGCCUGAUAUUCUCAAAGAAGCAGCUCGUCUUGAGCGCACUUAUACGACGACGCCCUUGCAGACGGUUCAUUUCGAAGAGUUUUUUGAAAAGCGACUAGACAAGCUCUACGAGCCUGAGAUUGAAGCCAUUGAAAAGGAAGCGCAAGACCAGGAGGAUCUUUUGCUGCAGCUUCAGCGCUCCAACAGAGAAUUCGAGUCGCAGAAGCGUCUCGUUGACGGAAAAGGCCAUCGUGAGCGCGAACAGGUGUUACAGGAACUGAACGGCGCGUACUUUAAGUACAAGGAAAUUGGCAACAACUUGGAAGUGGGAAGGAAAUUCUACAAUGAUCUCAAUAGGAUCGUUGCCAAUGGUUUUCGGGACCCUAUCAAAGCGUGGGUAUCGGAGCGACGGAUGGAGGCAAGGAGCCUGGAAGAGGAACUCAAUAUGCCGACGUUGUCGAGUCUCAACAUUCAACAUAGCCAGCAGCCUGUUCGUAAUCCGUCGCCAGGAUACACAUCGCCGCCUGUCACCCACAACCAUCAAUUUGCCCCGCAGCAACAGCAGCAACAGCCACAGUUUCAACAGUCGUAUCAGCAGGCAUACCACCAGCAGCAGCCGCCACUGCAUCAACAGUAUCAACAACCGCUACAACCGCAGCAACAGACCACAUUUCCUAGGCCUGCAGUACAGAGUCCCGCGGAGGCAUCGAUUCAAUCUUGGGCUGGGGGCGCAACGCAACAGCAGCAGAUGCCGCCUCAACCCGGGCAGACGCAGUCGAGCGCAAUGCCUGGAACGUGGAACCCAUCCAUGGGAAUCAAGUUUGGAGGAUCGCCGCCGGCGGGAGGACCUCAAGGCCAAGAGGGAACAUGGAGUGCCAACUCGGGGAUUCGAUUUGGCUGA